GUCAGGAGAGAGCUGGGUGGCAGGGACAGGGGGGAAAGGGGGCUUUUCUCUGUGGCCACCUGGAAAAAGCCAUGUAAGAUCCCUGGCUUGUCAAGACUCGAGUAGAGACACAAUUCGCUUCAACAACCGUCAGUCCAAAUUUGUAACACAGCAUGAUUUGUUCAGGGGGAAAUCUGGACAUCGAUGAGUGAAAUCGACGAGUCCAAGGAGACGACACUGGAGUAAAAGAGGACAGGGGGGAAAAAGUGAAGUGCGCUCCGGAGAUUCAUGGACACGCAAAGAAAUCCCCGAACCAAGUCCAGAAGAACAACCCCCCACAAGUUCAGCACCAAGGAUAUCUCCAGUCAGUUUUGAUGUCAGGUGAAGGUGAAGUCAGACUGACGGAAGUUUUGUCUUUAGCCAGGUAACAGACUGAAACAGCUUCACUUUCUGAUCGGUGCGCAACUGGGCUGCGGAAAGGCAUGAGUGGAGGUCGCUUCGAGUUUGACGAUGGCGGAGCUUACUGCGGAGGCUGGGAGGGAGGCAAAGCCCACGGCCAUGGCAUCUGCACCGGACCCAAAGGCCAGGGCGAGUUCUCCGGCUCCUGGAACUACGGCUUCGAGGUGGUGGGAGUCUACACCUGGCCCAGCGGAAACACAUACGAGGGCUACUGGUCGCAGGGGAAGCGCCACGGUCUGGGAGUAGAAACCAAAGGACACUGGAUUUACAAAGGGGAAUGGACUCAUGGCUUCAAAGGCAGAUACGGGAUCCGGAUCAGUGCUGGCAGUGGAGCCAAGUAUGAAGGAACGUGGAACAACGGGCUUCAGGAUGGAUAUGGGACAGAAACAUAUGCAGAUGGAGGUACUUUCCAGGGUCAGUUCACAGGCGGGAUGCGACAUGGCUAUGGGGUCCGUCAGAGCGUCCCUUAUGGCAUGGCAGCAGUUGUCCGCUCCCCUCUUCGCACCUCCCUGACCUCCCUUCGCAGCGAGCACAGCAAUGGCGCCGUAUUGCAGCAAGACAUCCCCAUCAUCACCACCACCAACGCCUCAGGUGAAGAGACACCUGUCGCCACUCCCACCCAGCUGGGACCUUCCCGUGGAGGCUUUGCGCUCACUCUCCAGGUAGACCCAGAGGCUGCGAAACCCAAGAAGAAGGGUCUGUUUCGCAGGGGCUCCCUGCUGGGUAAGCUCAAGAAGUCCGAGUCAAGUACUUCGCUCUCCAGCCAGAAGAGCAAGAUCAGCUUCCUGAGGACGGAAUCAGCUCUCAGCUCCAAUGCCAGUGACACCAACUCCACCAUCAGCAUCGGGGACGAGAGCCUGGCCGGAGCUGAGGAUUUUCCCCCGGUGGAGGCUGACAUUGACGCCACCACCACGGAAGUCUACAUGGGCGAGUGGAAGAAUGACAAACGCUCCGGAUAUGGAAUAAGCGAAAGGUCCAGCGGGCUGAAGUAUGAGGGCGAGUGGCUGAACAACCAGAGACACGGCUACGGCUGCACCACCUUCGCCGAGGGAGGGAAGGAGGAGGGCAAGUACAUGAACAACAUGCUGGUGAAGGCCAUGAAGAAGAGAGUGAUCCAGCUGAAGGGAACCAAAAUCAAGCACAAGGUGGAGCGUGCGGUGGAGGGCGCUCAGAGGGCUGCAGCCAUCGCCAAGCAGAAGGCAGAGAUUGCUGCGUCCAGGACGACCCAUUCAAAAGCCAAAGCGGAGGCAGCUGAACAGGCUGCUCAGGCUGCCAACAGCGAGUCCAGCAUCGCCCGACUGGUGGCCAAAGAGCUUUCCCCUUCCUUCUACCAACCAGGUCCUGAGUACCUGAAGAAGAGAGUGUUACAGGAGGUCGUGGAGGGCAGUGAGAACACAGACACUGUCAUGCAUGAGCCGCUGCUGGCUGAGGAGGAGCCCCUGCCCACACCACCCGAAAGCCCACUCAUGAAUGAACUGGACAGCCUCAUGCCUGGUUCAUCCCCAGGCCGCACCCCCUCCCCCAGCCCAGGCAUCAUGAGCAAGGAAGACCCCAAACUCCUCAGUCCAGGAAGCUGGAAUGAAGACAAAACCAUUAAAGGUGCUGGUAGUAAAGGUGGCAGUAAACCCAACAGCAAGCCUAACAGUCGCCCCACUACCCCUUCGACCUCUGUUUCUGCUCCAACUGUGUCUACAGCCGAGGAUGGAGGGGCCUUCAGCAGUCGUGGCCCCUCUCGCACCCCCAGCCGUCAGAGCAACAAGAUCGAGCAGGGCUCUGACCUGGAGAUCAAGCCCCUGCAGAAGUUUGACUCCGAGGCUAAAGCGCCAGACGUCAUCCCUGCCGCUGCUGCCCCUGUAAGAAAUAGCCUCAUCGUUCCAGAUGAAGAAGAAGAAGCACCGCGUCCCACCUCCAAAGUGCCUUCCAAAGCUGUCACCCCUGAGCCCAAUCCCACCAAGGUCAAAAGUGAAAGAGCUCCAUCAGUCCACGAACGAGCGCUGGCUGUCUCUGAGAACAAAGUAGAGUCCAGGGAGGUGAGCAGGCCUUCCAGCAAAGCAGAGACAAAGCCAUUACCAAAACGGCAACCCAGCCCGGCUCCGUCCCCAAAACCUGCACCCAAGCUGGAGCCUAAAACAGUACCAAAGCAAGUGGAAGCCAAAGCCAUUGUUGCUAAACCAGCCCAGAAGGUGGAUCCCAAAGCUGAAGGCAAAAUGAAAGCCAUAGUGUUGUGCCAAAGGAGUGAGGUGGCUGCAGAGUCUUUGGAGCUGGAGGGUCCAAACACCAUAAUGAUCUGCAUGGUCAUCCUGCUCAACAUCGGCCUGGCCAUUCUCUUCGUGCACAUUUUGUCAUGAGACGUUGUCCACCUCCUCAGGUCACGUGCGGUGUCGGAGCGGGAUCACCUGCCCCCCCACACACCGCCCUUCUCGGGGAGGACCGGAGAUCGUCUGAGGAGGGAAAAGAAGCCUCGUGCGGACGGCCGCAGCUCCUCUGAGGGGUUUUUCUUUUUCUUUCUUCUUUUCUUUUCCUUUUUUUGUAGGCGUGACUGCGUGAGGCUCCGUGAAACUCAGUCUCCUUCCUGAGGUGUUGCAAACUGAGUGACAGAAACGAUUCAGUACACCUGAAGACGAUGACGUCUUGUGUGUGUUUAAAAAAAUAAAAUAAAAUAAAAAAAAUAGAAAGAAAGAAGUCGAGGGCUGGAUGGGUUGAGCAUGUUGGCACGUGUCAGUUCGGCAUCGUCACAGUGCGUCACGAGCAGCGCGCCAACACACCGGCUGGCUGUCACAACGCCCAGCCGGGCAGGUUAGACUCGGUACGGUAGACGAUAAGGAUGUUUUGUCACAACGCGUGUUUGUUUGUAAUUUGUGAUUGGAUGUUGACGACAUAUGCAGCUUGAAUACCCCCCCCCCCGCUGCGCCUUAAAACUUUUCUUCGCGCGGAGACGAAGUGCCGCACGUGCGUGAAGGAUCGGCGGUGAAACUGUCUGCACUGAGGGCGGUUCAUGAAGUGUGAAAUGUGUGCGUGUCAAGAAAAUUCCGCGAAAAAGUGUAGCUCAGCGCUACUGGGAGGACAAGUUACCGCUGUCAUCCUGUUGCUCUUAGCAUCGGAGCUAACUGCGUCCUGCCGGUUGCGCAUGUGAGACUGCGGUGCGCCACACUGUGACAUGUCUCCGUGUUCACUACAUGCAUCUGUUGUCACUCUGCUGCUUUGGUUCGGAGGCUGGUAAAGCGCAUAGAGGAGGGAAACGGGAAGCUUAUGAGUGCUGCUAUGGUACGUCCCUGCUGUUUGGCGCCCCGCUGGUUUGGGAUGGAAAUUGUGUUGGAGAGGCAAACAAAGUCUGGGAUUUAUCUUGUUUAUAACAAUCGCCGAUGUGUUGUAGAAAGGUUGCUCAAGCUGCGUAUUUAUAUCAGUGCAACAUUGGUAGCAGGCGGAGGUUCAGGUGAUGGCCUCGCCUGUGGGCGCAGCGUGCGUCUCAGAGUGGAGGACCGUCCACGCUGCUCCACCGCAUCACAGUCAGGGCCUUUAGGGCCACUCAUGAGUGCAACUUCUGCACGCAUGAGGGCACUUUGCGUGUUUGUGUCUGUGUCUGUGUUUUGUUUCUCUUUUUUUGUACCAUUUUGAAGUGCAGAUCUUUUCAGCAUUCAGAGUAUUCUGUCGUAGGGUUUUGUCAGAGGAGAUGUGCAACCGUAAAUGUAUUUAUAUCCCACAGCUGUAGGGUUACCAGGUGAUUGUAAGAUGGAGGAAAAGCUACACACUGAUUCUUAACUCCAUGUCUUACCAUGAGAAGAGCACUCUCCAUGGGUGCUGUUUAAGACCCCCCUUCUUUUACCCAUCAUCAUAUGGAUUUUAAGUUGUGCAAAUUAACACACAGAUGGCCUGUUGUGCGUUAUUUUCAUGCCAAAGUGGAAAUUCUCCAAGCAGUCAAGAGUUUAAAGCAAACCUCUGAUGAUCUCACAUUUGGAAUACAUUUUUGGCAGAGAGUUUAUUAGAGUUUAUUCUGAACCAAACAAAGCAUUAAUCAGUACUGAAAGGGACGAUUUGGCAGGUGAACUCAGUGCUAAGUGCAAUAAAUAGUAUUCAUGUAGGUCAGUGUCAAGUAGAAGCCAUUUUGUUUUGUCUGUUGUAGUCAGAAUGCAUUUGAGUAGCCACUAGCCAAACCUGGUCAAAAUCAGAAAUUCAAUAAAACUUUUACAACACCCGUGAA